UUAGAUAUUUACGAAACUUUGAAAAAAUGUAAUGGGCUUUAUGAAGAAUCAUCUUAAAUUGUGUACUUUUAACGAAGGUAGCCAAUUCCGUUUGAGCCAAAUUAACUUUUUUUUGAAUAAAUUGAUUACAAAUAGAUAAUGUCACGUGCAACAAAACGCAAACAUGUUAUGAAAGAAGUACUUGAAGAUGAUUUCAGUUUACCAACAUCAGAACAAGAAAUUGUCCGUGUCUUAGAAAGUCGUGGAAAUAAUUUACAUCAAGUGGAAUCUGCAGAUAAAAACACAUUUUUAAUAUCAAUGCCAACAAAAUUUCGUCGUACUGUAUGGGUAAAACGUGGUGAUUAUAUAUUGAUCGAACCAAUUGCUGAAGGUGAUAAAGUGAAAGGUGAAAUGGUACGUGUCUUAUCAAAUGAACACAUUAAGUACUUUAAAAAGAAUAAUAAAUGGCCAGUAAUGUUUGAUGAAAAUGAUAAAUCCGAUCAAGAGGACAAUGAUGAUGAUCUCUUUGUGAAUACCAAUCGACCGCCACCAAUUGAAAGUUCCGAAGAUGAAUCAAAUGACAGUAAUGAUUCUGAUAGUGAACAUGAUUCGGCUGUUAGUGAAAGUUAAAUUUUUAUUUAUAUAAAAACGUUUCUAUUAAUCGAUUUUUAUUUCAUUUUCAUUGAUUUUUAUUCAUGAUGCGCUGUUUUUUAAACAUUGUAAUAUUUUUACUCAUGAUACGCUAUAUUAAACAUUGCAAUCUGUAAAGUAUUUUUUAUAAAUUUUUUAAGGAACGUUGUAAUUAUAGUUACGUAAAUCGUGUGAUUCAGUUAGAUUUGAAUACAUUGUAAUUCAUGCAAUUUUG